CUUAUCCCAAAGUCAAAUUAGCAGAAGCACCACUCAUAGAUUCUAGUAUUUGUUGCUAACAAUGGCCGCCUUCUCCACCAAUACCAAUAUCCUUUCUUCCCACUCCCAACAGCGCCGCCAUCUUCCUCACCGCUUCUCCUCCAACUUUUUCAAAACUCAUUCUUCCCUCCAUUUUUUCCCUCUUUACAAUAAGAACCUCAAUUCUCCUGACACCACCACUGCUGCUUCCCCAAUUUUCGCCGCUCCUCCGCACGCCUCUGCCGCCGUCACCACCACCGGAAUGGACGAUUUUGCUUCAACAUCUACUUCCACCGAGGCAGGGUGGGCAGAAUUUGGUGAGAAGGUGUCGGGUGAAUGGGACGGAUUUGGGGCUGAUUUCACGGUGGAGGGGAAGCCGAUAGAGCUGCCGGAAAUGGUGGUCCCGGAGGCAUAUAGGGAAUGGGAGGUGAAGGUAUUCGAUUGGCAAACACAGUGCCCCACUCUGGCGGAUCAAAAUCAAUCAUCUCUCAUCUACAAAACCAUUAAGCUCCUUCCCACAGUUGGAUGUGAAGCAGAUGCCGCCACCAGGUACAACAUCCAUGAGAGGAGUGUGAGUGUCACUCAACCCCACAAUUCCGCCUUUGCAUAUCAAUCUACAGGAUGUUAUGUAGCACUAUGGCCCUCCUCCAUUGCCACUAAUAAGUUGAAUAAUUCAAAAUCAAUUGAGGUGGAGCACUGCUUGAUCAAUCCUAGUGACAAAGAGUCGCGUGUUAGGAUAAUUCAAGUAUUGGAACAAUCUUCUGAGAUGAAAAUGAAGAGCAUAAGUGUGUUUGUUGAGCAAUGGUACGGUCCCUUUAGGAAUGGGGAUCAGCUGGGGGGAUGUGCCAUACGUGAUUCUGCAUUUGCAGCCACUCAACCCCUCAAAGCUUCACAACUUUCCGGUGUUUGGGAAGGCCUCACUGCUGUUGCCACCUUUCAUACUUCAACUAACAAUAUGAUCCAACAAGUUGGGGAUGAAUGCGAGUGCAAGUCAAUCAGAUAUGAGGAUGAUGGCGGCCUUAUAUUACUUCCCAAGCAACUUUGGUGUUCAUUGAAGAAAAGCAGCGAGGACAAGAUGGAAACUUGGUGUGAGGUGGGAUGGUUGUUAGACGAGGGACGAGCUAUCACUUCUAAAUGCACCUUUUCAAGCACAGGAGACCUUAAGGAGAUAGCAAUAGCAAGAGAAACUGCAACCCGAGUGUAGAUGCAUGCAUGCAGGUGCAGCCUAGCUUUAUUUUCUCAAGUGUACUCGACUGAUACUGGAUUGGAUUGGAAGAUCUAACAAGGACAAAACAAAAUGUAUACAGAUACAUAUAUAGAAAUAUAUUUGAUAUUGAUAUA